GGCGGGGUUACUAAGUGGCCAGAUCUGAGCAGGCGCGGGCUGUUGCGGCGGACGCCACUGACGUGUGCUGUGGAACAGGCUUGACCAGGAAGUGUUGCUAUGUACAACUAUCAGUGCGGCGCUGAGGCCUCGGCCCGGCUUCCUGCGCGCCAUUUUCAAACCGCUUCUCCCCCCGCUGUUCUGUCAUCAGACAAGUAUUGUCCAUUUACCCAUAAGCUCUAACAGUCUGACCAAGGAAAGCGGCCUGAAAAGGGAUGAGAGUUUAAGCGGCUGUUCCGGACUUAGCGGAGAGGAGCCUUUAAUACUGGAUGUGGUAUUCCUAAAGAAGGACCAGUCUUUCCAUAUCAAUCCAGGGCUGCCAGAUUUUGUUGAACUUAUUGGAACCACCCCUGGCUAGAGAAAGGUUUGUAGGUGAAUGUGAGUGGUUCACUGUGAGACUCCUACAAUGACUACUGCUGCAGAAAGGAAAUUCAUCAACCUCAGGAAACGACUGGAUCAGCUGGGCUACAAGCAGCCGCUGGGAAUAGAAUCUUUACCACUAGUCGAAAAAUUGUUCAGUGACCUUGUCCACACAACAGAAAGCUUACGCAAUGCAAAGUUGGCUGCUGGCAAGACUGAGAAGGAGAGCAAGAACUUUGACUCUGUGAUUGAACCAUAUAAGGCAGAAAAUGCCAGACUUGUCAGGGAAAAUAAUGAACUGCAUCUAGAGCUUUUAAAACUCAAAGAGGAAUCUGAUCGACACAUUAAAGACUUGAAAGCUUCCCUUCGAAAACUUGAACACCAGACCGCUGAUCUGAAGUUUCUUAAUAACCAGUAUGUUCAUAAAAUCCGCUCAAUGGAAAAGGAUGGCAAAGCUAAGUCAGAAAGGAUACAGCAACUUCAGGAGAAGAACUUACAGGCAGUUGUUCAAACCCCAGGUGGCAAGAAGAGAACCAUCCCUUUUAGACGUCAACGCAUGCAGAUUGACCAGACAGUGCCAUUAUCUGGUAUAAGCAGUGUUCCUGUACCUCAACCAGAGGAUCCUUAUGUUGCUGACCUCCUACAAGUUGCAGAUGACAGAAUUCAAGAACUUCAACAGGAAGUGGCAGCUUUAAAAGAAAAACUGGACAUAUCUGAAAGAGGAAUGAAGAAUCUUACUCAACAGGUUGAUCUGCGAAACCAGGAGUUGGAGCGCUUACAACUGGCACUGGAUGGUGGGCGUUCUCAUGAUGUCAUUUCCCUAGAAUCUAGAUACAGAAGUAAUGAAAAGCUAGUUGCCCAUUUAAACCUGCAGAUUGAGUACCUUCAGCAAGCGAACCGAGAUCUUGAGACACGUGUUCAGAAUCUGUUAGAAACCCGGCACAAUGUGACAAGUGAGGUUUUAAAUUUGAGCACCAAGAACGAAGAACUGUGUAAAGAGCUCACAGAGAUAGACCAUCUGGCUCAGCAACUGGAACGUGACAAAGAGAGGGUAUUGGUCACUGCUGAUGCAGAAAUUGAGGACGCAAAGAGUGAAAUAACAAGGCUGCAGUGUGAAAUACAUGCACUGGAGAGCACAAUAUCAAAAUUAAAGUCUGAUCUUAGUACAUGUGAAUUUGAAAAGAACAAGUUAGCUGAUGAGCUGGACAAAAGAGCAGAUGAAAAUCUAAAGCUAGAAUCCCUUUUGAACCAUGUUGAGCAUGAAAAGCAGCGGCUUUCAAAUAAAGUUGAGAAGCAGAUGGUUACAGAGCGAGAGCUUGUGCUGGAAGUCGAGAGGAUGAGAACACAAUAUGGAAUCGCACGCAGUGACCGCUCACCUUCUCGACUUGACUCGUUUGUUAAAACUCUAGAAGAAGAAAGGGAUUACUAUAAAAGAGAAAUGGAAAAACUGGAACGGACUCAAAACUUUAAGUACAGCCUGCUUAGCCAUUCAAGACAAGACAGUAGCCAUGUACAUGGUUCACCAGAAAAGGCUGGCGAAAGCAGUUCAGAACUGAGGCGCAUUACCAGAGAAAGAGAUGACCUUCAAAAUAUGCUGGGGAAAUUUGAAAAUCACAUGGCUGAGAUACAGUCCAAUGUUAGAGUGCUGACAGCUGAAAGAGAUAAGAUCUGUAUACUAUAUGAACAGGCACAAAAUGAAUUGGUUAUGUUAAAGAAAGAUAUUUCUCCACUCUCCAAAAAGUCAUCUUAUCAGAAUGAAUUGCUCCAAAUUGAGGAGGAGCGAGAUGUUGCCAUCUCGGACUUGCGAAGAGUUACAGAUGAAAAUGAAGGUCUGAGGGACAAAAUCAAGAUUCAGCAGGAAGCAUUGGCUACUGAUAAAUCACAGUUUGUACAAAAGAAUUCUGAACUUGAGAAUUCAAUCCGUAUGCUUGAAGCUGAACGAUAUGAAUUAAAGUCAACUGUAGCAAAACUGAAAGAAAAUAUAGCUUUAUUGGAGAGAGAAUCCAAAAUAAAGUCGACUAAUCUCUCUCACACAUUGGAUGAAUCUUCACAGUAUAAAGCCGAAAUUAAUUCAUUAAGGCUUUUAAAUGAACAGUUGCAGAAAUCGCUGGAAGAUCUUCAGCACCGCCUUACUGUCAAAUCCAGUGAAGUACAGUUUGCACAGGAAGAAAUUGCAGCUCUGCAAGAAAAUAUAGAUGAACUGAGGCGUCGAAUAUCCUCACAAACUGAUGAAAUGAAUGUGGUCAGGAACACUGUGUCUGUACUGGAUAAAGAGAAGGAUAGCCUGCAGGAAGCCGUAGAUGAUAAAACUGAGCGAAUUGCAUGCCUAGAAGAUAACAUGGCUAAUAAAGAAAAAACGAUUACCAAUUUAAGACUGACACUUUCUGACCUGGAGAGCACCCUUGACCAAUUGAAGGACUCCAUUGGUAACAAAGAUCGGGAACUGGCAAGUUUACGUCGCCAGCUUGAUUCUGUCCAAUCUGAACUUAUAGAAAAUGCAAGGCUGAGAGAAAUUAGUCUAAAAGAAAACCGAAGAUUGCAAGAUGACCUGGGCACAAUGGCAAGAGAAACCCAGGCAGUUACUUUGGAAUUAGAAACUGUAAUGCAUGAGAAAGAAGAACUGAAGUUGAGGGUUCAUGGCUACAUAGCUGAAGUUUCUAGAAUUGAAUCUUUAAUGGCUUCCAAGGAGCAAGAAAACAGAGAACUUUUGGAUCAGUUUAGGAUGGUACAUAGUCAAGCAGAGGAGUGGGAAUCAAAAGCACAAAAUGCAGAGGGCGAGAGCAGCUCAGUAAGACUAGAGUUACUCUCUGUGGAUACGGACAGGAGACAUCUCCGUGAGAGAGUGGUGCACUUAGAGAAUGAAAUCCAAGAGCACAUGAAUGCUCAUCAAGCAUAUGAAUCCCAGAUAUCAUCAAUGGCAAAAACAGUCUCCAGACUAGACGAACAGCUUAGGCAUGAGCAAAAUGAAAAGACGUCCAUUUUGGAUGAUUUGUCUUCUGUGAGGGAGCUUUGUGUAAAGCUGGAUUCUAACAAAGAACAUUUCUCGCGGCAGCUGUCUGUCAGAACCAUGGAACAAGAGAGGAUCCUUGAUGAGCUGGAAGAUAUGAAGUCCGAAGCAGAACUCUUGAAAAAACAACUAGCAAGCGAACGGCUCACUAUUAAGAACCUGGAAACACUUCUGGCAUCCAACAGAGAAAAGGAGUUCCAGAGCCACCUAACAACUCAUGAAAAGGAUUCUGAAAUCCAGCUUCUGAAAGACAAGCUAACGCUUUCUGAGAGUAAACUCACCAGCUAUUCCCGAGAGGCAACCAUGCUGAGAAAUAAACUUACGCAGCUGCAGGCAGACUAUGAUGUAGCAAAACGGCAGCUCACAACAGAACGAUUUGAAAGAGAGCGCGCAGUUCAAGAGUUGCGGCGGCAUGGUCUGUCCACUUCUUCUGUACGGACAUCCUCGCCUCUUACUUCAACUAUGAAGUCUUCUGCACCUUCUCCCGAGCGCUCCAUUUUAAGGUCCGCUGAUAGAGAGGCUGAGAAAUCCGCAGAAAAGAGCGUAAGCUUCAAGGAGUAACUUGAAAAACACCCAGAAAUAUGAAGGAAGAAAUAAACACCCCCCUGAUCUCCUUUCCAACCCUGGAUCUAAAAAAAACCCUCGCAUUGUCUGCAGAUUUCUGUAUUUCCCAAAUGAUGAGGGGGUUGCUAUAAGACAGCAUGGCCUCAUUUGUUUACUAAUUGAUCUGCAGAUGGGUUAAUACUAAAUUCAGGGAGAUGCCAGUUCAUUUUAAUUUUAUUAAUCUGCAAAGAAAUUUUAAUAUCGGACCUAGCAGACUUUUGAUUUCAACACCUCUGGUUUGAAUAGUGCUAUAAGAUGUGGCCAUAUUAGAGAAGCAUUCUAGGUUUAUAUAGGGCAUGCCUUUAUUGUUAAAAAUCAGGUUUUAAAUGUGUGUAAAUAACAUGUAUAUGGUUUUAUAUUUGUCCCGUUAUGAUUGUCUGUUCAGUGUAUGUAAGUGUUACUCUAUAUCAGAGCAAUGAAACUGCACAAGAUACUGAGAGUGAUUUUGUUGCGUGAUGAUAUCAGUAGGGAUGCACCGAAUCCAGGAUUCGGUUCAGGAUUCAGCCUUUUUCAGCAGGAUUCGGAUUCAACCGAAUCCUUCUGCCCGGCCGAAUCGGGCGGGGAGGGAAAUUGCGUGACUUUUUAUCACAAAACAAGGAAGUAAAAAAUGUUUUCCCCUUCCCACCCCUAAUUUGUGUAUUCGGUUUGGGAUUCGGCUGAAUGUUUUGCAAAGGAUUCGGGGGUUCGGACCGAAUCCAAAAUAGUAGAUUAGUGCAUCCCUAACUAUCAGCCAGCUCACAUAUACUCCUGUAUGUUGUAAGCCCUGAGCACAGCACCAUGUCCUGAAGAAAAGUAGAGAUUUCAACCAUUAAAGGUUUAGGUGGAAAAUGAUGCUCCAAGCAGCAGUUUCCUUCUGCUCUUUUGUAAGAACCAGUGCAGAUUUUAUUCAAUCUACCUGGAUAAGCUAAAAAGACACCUCCUACAGUAUAGGACCAUUCAAGUGUUUUCCCCUUUAUAUAUUUUGCUCAUCUGCUGAAAGAGAAAUUGCUGCAGAGAAUGUUACAAAACAGAAUUAUUAAACCUACAUUGAGAAUACGAUCAUGUAUACAUAGUUGUGAAAGGAAAAAUAUACAUAGUUAUGAUACUCUGUGAUCAGUUGUUGUACUGUCAUUGGUCCUAUGUUCUGAUUUUAGGCCAGUGUCACAUAUUGAGCAUUUCAGUGAUGACCAAAACCACAGAACCACUUAUUUUAACCCCUUAAAACAGAUAGGGACUAAUUUACUAGGGUUCAAGGAAAUGUAAAGCCCCGAAACAUAUUGCUCAGCAUUCUCUCUAAGCACUUUUGCCAGUUACAUAAUUUUUUUUUUGAAGUGUCAUCCACUGGGUCAUUUUUUACACCUGGCUAAAGUCAGUUGAAAAUGAAUUUCCUGAGAAAAGAAACGGCUUGUGGUGUUGCUCUGCUAAGAACGGACCAUAGAAACAUCACACAGCUAUUUCCACUGACUAACUUCUAGGCAGAGUAACAUCACGAGACAGAACAACAUCACAACAUUGAAUUUCUCAGCAAAUUAAUUUUCUACUGACUGUAAAUGACCAGCAGGUGGCACUGUUGUUUCAGAUUCAUUGUAUUAGUCAUUGGGAAGCAAUCCUCUUUGGGCAUGGGAUGUAUUUAUCACUGCUACAAGUCCUAGUGUGAUGUAGCCCUUUAAGUUAAAAAGGCCUGCCCAAUAAUUUAAAUAUUGCUAGUAUCAGUUAGUAUUAUUUUAUUUCAGUUUUUUUGGUGUCAUGAAUGUUUCACUUCACCGUAAAAUGUAAUUUUAAUCCUUUAUCUCACAGCAGAAAAUAACUCUUCCAGUGAUGUAACAUACACCUCAUAUAUUGUUAUUCUUAUUUAUUUUUGUAUACGUGACUAUUUAUUAAAAAACAAAUAAAUAUUUUACCUUGA